CCCGGAAGGAGCGAGCUUGCGGCGCGUGAACCAGUGAGUGAAAGCGGCGCCGCCCGCCGGCCGCAGGUGCGGCAAAGCCAGUGUCAUCUGCAGGUUCUCUUAGGGCUCCCGGAAAGAAGGAGGGCGAGCCGGGUGCAUUCGCGCCGCGCCUCCUUGCGUUUCUGUUCCCCAAAUAGGGCCUCUCCCCCCGCCGCCCAGGCCCCUGCGUGGGCUGGACGCGUCAGCCCCACACAUUAGCCUCGCUGCGCCGCCUAGACUCUGCCUUGCCUCCCCGUCCCGGUCCCUGGCCCCUGCCCUGUCGCCCGCCGCCGGAGCGGUGACCGCCUGGCUCGCCGUUCUUCUGCUGCCACCGCUGCCGGCAUCAUGGGCAGUGAGCAGAGCUCCGAGGCCGAGAGCCGACCCAACGAUCUGAACUCCUCAGUGACUCCUUCACCAGCCAAGCAUAGAGCCAAGAUGGAUGAUAUUGUGGUUGUAGCUCAGGGCUCCCAGGCCUCACGGAACGUCAGCAAUGAUCCCGAUGUCAUCAAGUUGCAAGAGAUUCCAACCUUCCAGCCCCUUCUGAAAGGGCUAUUGAGUGGCCAGACUUCCCCAACAAAUGCCAAAUUGGAGAAACUGGACUCUCAGCAGGUGUUGCAGCUCUGCCUCCGAUAUCAAGAUCACCUGCAUCAGUGUGCAGAGGCUGUUGCUUUUGACCAGAAUGCUUUGGUUAAACGUAUCAAAGAGAUGGAUCUGUCUGUAGAAACUCUGUUCAGCUUCAUGCAGGAGCGCCAGAAAAGAUACGCCAAGUACGCCGAGCAGAUCCAGAAAGUGAACGAGAUGUCCGCCAUCCUCCGCCGCAUACAGAUGGGCGUGGACCAGACCGUGCCCCUGCUGGACAGGCUCAACAGCCUGCUGCCCGAGAGCGAGCGGCUGGAGCCCUUCAGCAUGAAGCCCGACCGCGAGCUCAGGCUGUAGCUGCCGCCCGGCCUGCCUGGGGCCGGGAGCCCCAGACACCGACACCCUGAGGAGGUUUGGAGCCAACAUCGUAUCGUCUGACCAGGGCUGGAGGCCAGCGGGAGGCUCUGGUACUCCCUGACGUGGGUGCGAAGGAGUCCGGCAGGCGUGAAAAUCUGACUUUGCCCAACUCUUUUCCUUGAUGCAGUUUCCCUAUGUGAGAGGAACCAAACCAGUUCUCGGUGAUAACUGAAGCUGGAACAUGUGAAUUAUUAGGAAUUCUUUGAAGAACUCUGCAUUGAGAAUUAUUUUUAUUUAGUUGUUUUGUUUGUUUGUUUGUUAAUUGAGAGUAUGUAGUGUAGUCCAGGUACUGGAAUGAAAAUACGGAGACAAGGGGAGAAUGUUUUAAGCAGCUCUGUGUUCUCAGUGCCCUCGUGACAUUUUCAGUGGGCUGUCUGGUUUACAUGUCAACAUGAAAAACUCACUGAAUCUA